AUGCGAGGGGUUCCUGAGCGCAUCCUAACGGACAGGUUUUGGCAAGCCGGUAUAUCGACAGGAAGUCGAGAUGAUUUUUAUGCCAAAAUCACCGCUUCGCGCUCAUCUCUUGAAGGUUUCGCUUCCUCUGUCAGAGGCAAGGUCAGAGCCGUCAGAGAGUCGUGCUACUCGAUGCUUUUCAGCAUGAGUAGGCUGCGUGAGCAUUUCUAUGGCUUUGCGGAACUUCCAGGACCUUUGUCACAGGCCCUUUUCAAGGACUCCUCUCACCUCUCCUCUCACCAGUUUUCUGUUCUCCUCAACAUCUCUAGGUGCCUAAUCGACGACUGCCCUGUCCGCUUCCGGGCCCAGUUCCUGCCGCCAAUGCUUUCCACACUAUUUACUAAUAUCGACAGAAAAGUCACUUCUGAAUGGGAGAUCAUCGAGCAACGGAAAGCAGGAUUAGGAGACGGUGACCUGGCCGACGAAAUGAAAUCGGAAAGUAUUCUCCGGCAACUGACUUACUCGGCGGUCAUCAUGGUAGCAAGCCUCCUGGACCCGCAACGAGGAGACCCUGACGACGAACCCACGGAUCCUAGCGCACCCCAACCCUUACCAGUUCUCGCAGACUCGAUCCGACAUUUUGUCCUUUCAUCUACUGAGAUUUUCGAGCCCGUAAUGCUCUUCUGCACUCAUGCCCUCCGCAUGCGCGACACCAGAUGCUGUAGCAUCAUCACGCGCGUCAUCCGUUCUAUCCUGCAAGAUUUCGCCCCGCCACAUAACUCACAGACAGUUGUAACCAUCCGCGAGUUCAUCUCCUCUGAAGUGCUCAAGGCCUGUAUAACAUCCGUGCACGAGCCUUAUUUCGUCGAUAUGCAGAAAGACCUCGCCCAACUCAUCGCCUCGAUCUGGGUCCUCUACGGCGCCAGCACCCCGACACCCAAAUCCCUCAUACUCAGCCUCCCCGGCAUGACCGAACAGCGCGUGGCCUCCACUGAGGCAGCCCUCGUGCGCUCGACAUCCGCUCGGCAGCAGCGUGCCUUGGUCCUUGACCUUCUCGAGAGCUUGAGAGGAGUCAGUAUUGCCGAGCAAGGCAAGAUCUUGGGAUCCCGCGAAGAACGCCGCAAAGCACGCAGCGCCCUCCAGGAGAGGUUCAUGAGCAAUGAGAUGGAUGGGCAGCAGGGGCACAAAGUCGAUAUAAACGAUGGGCCAGAUCUAUCUGGGGUCGCAGACAUGUUUGGUUGA